UGCCAGGUGCUGUUCCGGGGCGCGCUCCCCACGUGCUCAGCUCAGUACGAGCGGCUCUUCAACACCACCCGGGUGCCCGGAGAGACGCGGGACCGGCUGCAGCACGGGGGGGGGGGCGGUCACGUGGCCGCGCUGCACGGGGGCCGCCUCUUCCUCGUGCCCGUGGGGCGGGGCCCGGCGCCGCGCGCGCUCCAGCGGCGCUUCGAGCACGUGAUGCGUGCGUCACGGGGCGGGGCCGGAGGCGGGGCCGGCGUCAUGACGUCAGCGAGGAGGCCCGCCUGGGCUCGGGUUCGGGCUCUGCUGCAGGCGGGGGGGCCGAGCGCGGCCGCUCUGCGGGCCCUGGAGGAGGCCCCGUUCGUGGUGGCCCUGGACCCCCCCCCCCCGGGCCCCCCCCCCAGCGGGGACCCCCCCAGCGAUGGGGACCUGGAUGCCGAGGCCAAGGCGCUGCUGCUGGGACCCUGCCACAACCGGUGGUUCGACAAGAGCCUGACCCUCAUCGUGUUCAGCACCGGGCGCAUGGGGCUCAACGUGGAGCACUCAUGGGGCGACCCCCCCGUCGCGGGGCAUCUAUGGGAGUACACGCUGGCCACAGACCUGGAGCUGGGCUACGAGGCCAAUGGCGACUGCAGGGGGGGGGCAGAGGAGGAGCCCGGGGUCCCCCCCCCCCAGCACCUGCAAUGGAACAUCCCGGCCCAGUGCCGGGAGGCGCUAAGGGACGCCCUGGCGGCGUGGCGGGCGCUCGAGGCCGAUCUGCAGCUGCACGUGGCCACGUUCGUGCCCCCCCCCGGGCUCCCCCCGGCCCCCGAUGGACUCGUCCAGGUGGCGCUGCAGCUGGCGGUGGUCAGGGAGCGCGGCGCGUGCCUGACGUACGAGGCGGUUCCCACGCGGCUCUUCCUGGAGGGGCGCGCGGAGGCGGCGCGCGGGUGCGGGCGCCCCCUGCUGGAGCUGGCGGACUCCAUGGAGGACCCCAAGGCCACGCCCGCCCUACGGCGCCGCCUCCUGCAGGGGGCGCUGCGGGACGUGCGCGCGCGCCGGCGCGCGGCCGCGGCGGGGGCGGGGCUUGACCGGCACCUGCAGGCAUUGGCGGCUACGGCGCGGCUGCUGAGGCUCCGCCCCCCGCUGCUGGAGGAG